CCGCUGCCGGGUCGCCCGAGAACGGGGGGCGGUGGCGGCGGCGGCGAAAACAUGUUUUCUGUGAGGAUCGUGACCGCCGACUACUACAUGGCCAGCCCGCUGCAGGGGCUGGACAUCUGCCAGUCGCCCCUCAGCCAGCUCCCUGUCAAGAAGGUGCCGGUGGUGCGGGUGUUCGGAGCCACCCCGGCAGGUCAGAAGACAUGUCUUCAUCUACAUGGCAUCUUUCCUUACCUCUAUGUGCCAUACGAUGGCUAUGGACAGCAGCCAGAAAGCUAUCUUUCUCAGAUGGCAUUCAGUAUCGACAGAGCACUUAAUGUGGCUUUAGGCAAUCCAUCUUCCACUGCUCAGCAUGUGUUCAAAGUGUCAUUAGUAUCAGGAAUGCCUUUUUAUGGUUAUCAUGAGAAGGAAAGACACUUUAUGAAGAUCUAUCUUUACAAUCCUGCAAUGGUGAAAAGGAUAUGUGAACUUUUGCAAAGUGGAGCCAUAAUGAAUAAAUUUUACCAGCCUCAUGAAGCACAUAUUCCCUACCUCCUACAGCUCUUCAUUGACUACAAUCUCUAUGGAAUGAAUUUAAUAAAUCUUGCUGCUGUCAAGUUCCGAAAAGCAAGACGGAAAGGUGAAUCAUAUGCAACUGGAUCAUUCAAGGAUCACAUGUCAGGAAAAUCCCCUGCUGGUACUUUAUUUAGGUGGGAAGAAGAUGAAAUACCAAGCUCUUUAUUACUGGAAGGUGUUGCACCACUGAGUACAUGUGAAUUAGAAGUGGAUGCUGUAGCUGCUGACAUCUUAAACCGGCUGGACAUUGAAGCUCAAAUUGGUGGAAACCCUGGUUUACAGGCAAUAUGGGAUGAUGAAAAGCAACGGCGAAGAGACAGAAAUGAAACUUCUCAAAUUAGUCAGCCUGAAUCACAAGAUCGCAGGUUUGUGCCCACAACAGAAAGUGAAAAAAAAUUUCAGAAGAGACUUCAAGAAAUUCUCAAGGAGAAUGAUUUCUCUGUCAGAACAUUAUCUGGAUCUGUGGACUACAACAGUGGAUCCCAGGAGUUCUCUGCUGAAUUGACAUUGCACUCUGAGAUUCUGUCUCCUGAAAUGCUUCAUUGUACGCCAGCCAACAUGAUAGAAGUUCACAAAGACACAGAGCAGAGCAGAGGUCACACUAGACAUAAAAUAGAAGAUGCACUUAUUAAUGAAGAAGCAAUUUUGAACCUCAUGGAAAACAGUCAGACUUUUCAGCCUUUGACCCAAAAGCCACCAGUUUUCAUGGGCAGUGGUCCUGAUGAAGCUCUAGUGCAUCUUCUUGCUUGUUUGGAAAGUGAUGGAUAUCAGGGGAAAAAAGAUAGGAUGCCAUCACCAUGUCACUCCUUUGGAGACACUAAAAAUCCUCCAAAUAGUGAUGAUGAAGAAAAUGAGCCACAGAUUGAAAAAGAAGAAAUGGAGCUUAGUUUGGUGAUGUCUCAGAGAUGGGACAAUGACAUUGAAGAACAUUGUGCCAAAAAGAGGUCAUUGUGCAGAAGUACCCACAGAAGCUCAACUGAAGAUGAUGAUUCAUCAUCAGAAGAGAUGGAAUGGAGUGAUAAUAGUUUGCUUUUUGCCAAUCUUUCUAUACCUCAGUUAGAUGGAACUGCAGAUGAAAACAGUGACAAUCCUUUAAACAACGAAAAUUCUAGAACCCAUUCAUCUGUGAUUGCCACAAGCAAGCUGUCAAUAAAAUCCUCCAUCUUUCACAAAGAUGCUGCUACAUUAGAACCCCCAUCUUCUGCUAAGAUUACCUUCCAGUGUAAACACACAAGUGCCCUUUCGUCCCAUGUUUUAAACAAAGAUGAUUUAAUUGAAGACCUUUCACAGCCAAACAAUAUAGAAAAAAGUCGAGACAACUCAGUCACUUCUUUUCCAAAUGAAAGCACUUACUCUGUGAAAUACCCCGGGACUUUAGGCAGUAGUGUCCAUUCAGAUAAUUCUCAUAAGGAGGUUUUUAAGAAUGAUGUCCUCCCAGUUUCUUCCUGUGAAAGUAGUAUCUUUGAUUAUGAAGAAGAUACUCCAUCUGUUACAAGACAAGCACCAAGUAGAAAGUAUACAAACCUUAGAAAAAUUGAAAAAGAUGCUCCUUUUAUUCAUGUGAACCGUCACACUAAUGAGAAUGCACUGGGGAAGAGCUCUUUCAACUUUUGUGAUUUAAGUCAUUCAAAAAAUAAAUUACCCUCUGAAGGAAAUGAAAAGGGAAACAGCACAUCUCUUAAUAGUUUCUUCCCUUCUUCAUUAGCUGAAAGUUGUGAUUUGCUCUCAUGUUCAGGGGAGAACAAGACGGUGGUGCAUUCUCUUGACAGCAUUGCUGAUGAGAGUGGACUAAAUAAACUGAAAAUCAGAUAUGAAGAGUUUCAGGAACAUAAAACAGAAAAGCCAAGUCUCAGCCAGCAAGCAGCACAUUACAUGUUUUUUCCUAGUGUUGUUCUUUCUAAUUGUCUCACUAGACCACAGAAGCCAUCUCCUAUCACAUAUAAAUUACAAUCCAGUAAUAAACUAUCUCGGGUAAAACCGAAUAAAAAGAAACUUGCAAGUCACCAGGAGACCACUACCAAAAGCAGUGAGACUGGAGCCACAAAGGAGAGUUGCAUGCAAAAUAAUUCUUACAACAGUAAUCCUGGGAAGGAUGAUGUAUUGGGCAGUGAUUUAGUUCAGCCCACUCGUGGAGUGUUAGAAAAGAAAACACCUGGAGAAGGUUUGAUAGACUGUCACUUUGGAGAAGGGUCUUUAGAAACAGAACCAUCCUUUGGAUUGUAUGGUAAUAAAUACACACUUAGAGCUAAACGCAAGGUAAAUUAUGAAACUGAAGACAGUGAGUCAAGUUUUGUAACACACAACUCAAAAAUUAGCCUACCUCAUCCCAUGGAAAUUGGUGAAAGUUUAGAUGGAAGUCUCAAAUCUCGGAAACGAAGAAAAAUGUCUAAAAAGCUGCCCCCUGUGAUUAUAAAGUAUAUUAUUAUUAAUAGAUUUAGAGGGAGAAAAAAUAUGCUUGUGAAGCUAGGAAAAAUAGACUCUAAAGAAAAACAAGUGAUAUUAACUGAGGAAAAAAUGGAGCUAUAUAAGAAGCUCGCACCUUUGAAGGAUUUUUGGCCAAAAGUUCCUGAUUCCCCUGCUACCAAAUACCCUAUCUACCCACUAACACCAAAGAAAAGUCACAGAAGAAAGUCAAAGCAUAAAUCUGUUAAGAAAAAGACUGGUAAGCAACAAAGGACAAGCAGUGAAAACAUUAGAAGAACUUUAUCUUUUAGGAAAAAACGGUCACAUGCUUUUCUUUCUCCUCCCUCACCAUCUUACAAUGCUGACACCGAAGACUGUGACUUGAAUUAUAGUGAUGUCAUGUCUAAACUAGGUUUUCUUUCUGAGAGAAGCACAAGUCCUAUCAAUUCUUCUCCACCUCGCUGCUGGUCUCCCACAGAUCCAAGAGCUGAAGAAAUUAUAGCUGCUGUAGAAAAAGAAGUAAUGCUCCUUAAGGGUUCCAGUGCAUAUAAUAGUAAGACUGUUAGUUCUCAUGCAGGGAAAAAUGGUCGAGCAAGAGUGCAGGUUAAGAAAUCAAAAACAAAGCUUAUUAAUCCCUCUGUCAUUACUAAGAAAAGGAACAAACGAAAUCAGACAAAUAAACUAGUAGAUGAAGGGGGAAAAAAACCAAGAGCAAAACAGAAACAAAAAUCAAAUGAGAAAGGUACACCAAGAAAGCACAUAGCACUUAAGGAUGAAAAGGUAAAAUUGCAGCCUGAGGCUGAAGUUACGUUUGCAUUGAAAGACCAGAAUGUGUCUGAGCUCACAAGUAGUUCUGCUCCUCAAGUACUUUUUAAACAGAAAGAGAUGUCACUGACAGGCUCUGCGCUAGACCAUCCACUUCCUGCUUCCCAACCCACUGGGAUCAGUGCACAGCAGAAGUUAUUGGGCUGCUUUUCUUCCUUCUUAGAAAGCAAGAAGUCCAUAGAUUUGCAAAUGUUCCCCAGCUCACGAGAUGAUUUACAUUCUUCAGUAGUUUCUAGUUCCAUAGGACCUGGAAUCUCAAAAGCUAAUAUUCAGAGAUCUCCUAGUCAUAGCACUAUGUUUACUCGAAAGGAGUCAGCCUUGAUUCAAAAAAAUAUAUUUGACCUUUCCAACCAUUUGUCUCAGGUAGCACAGAGUUCACAGAUACCUUCUAGUAUAAUGUCUCCAAAGACAGAAGAGAAUGCAAAUAUACAAAAAAACUAUAUAUCAUCUAUUGGAAAGUUAAAUGAAUAUCAAAGUUCACUAGAAUCAAAGCCAGACCAGGUCUAUGCCAGUAAUUUUUUACAUUGCAAAGAUAGUCACCAGCAGAUUGUGUGCAUGUCGGAACAACCAAAGCACAAUGAAGUUUAUUCUCCAGGAAAGGCAGCUUCUGAGGAAAGCCAGAUGCCUAACAGUUGCUUUGUGACUUCCUUGAGAAGUCCAAUCAGACAAAUAGUCUGGGAGCAGAAGCAGAGGGGCUUCAUUUUAGAUAUGUCAAACUUUAACUCAGAAAAGGUAAAGCAAAGGUCUCGGACGGAAGGAACCUCACAAAGCAAAGCUCUUUCUCAGUGCAAGCAUCAGAGUGUAGCAGCACCGUCAGCACUCGGUGAAGGAACCUCACAAAGCAAAGCUCUUUCCCUGUGCAAGCAUCAGAGUGUGGCAGCACCAUCAGUACUAGGUGAAGGUCAGUCCGGACUAGCAGUUCUGAAAGAAUUGUUACAAAAAAGACAGCAGAAAGCACAAAAUGCAAAUACUACAAAAGACCCAUUAUCUACUAACCAUCAGCCAGACAAAAAUAUGUCUGGUUCCCUUGAGAAUAACAAAGCAAACAAACGAACACGAUCGGUAACAUCUCCAAGAAAACCUCGAGCUCCCAGAAGUACAAAACCUAAAGAAAAAACUCCCAAACAUCUAAAAGUUGACUCUGUAAAUUUGCAAGCCUCUAGCCAGUUGGAUAAUUCCCUGUCAGAUGACAGUCCUGUCUUUUUUUCAGAUCCAGGUUUUGAAAGCUGUUACUCACUUGAAGACAGCUUGUCUCCUGAACAUAAUUACAAUUUUGAUAUUAACACAAUUGGUCAGACUGGAUUUUGUAGCUUUUAUUCUGGAAGUCAAUUUGUCCCAGCUGAUCAGAAUUUGCCUCAGAAGUUUCUAAGUGAUGCUGUACAGGACCUUUUCCCAGGACAAGCUGUAGAAAAAAAUGAGUUUUUAAAUCAUGACAAACAGAACUGUGGUGAGGAGAAGCAUCAUGUCUCUGACUCGACCUCAUGGAUUAGAUCCAAUACUUUAAAUCCUGAACUUUUUGAGAAAUCACCCUUAGACAGCAGUGAGAAUCAUCGUCACAACCAGUGGAAAAAUAGCUUUCAUCCUCUAACAACUCGGUCUAAUUCAAUAAUGGAGUCCUUCUGUGUCCAGCAAGCAAAAGACUGCCCAAAUGAAAAAUCCAGAUUGAACAGGAGUUCGAUGAACAAAGAAGUUUUUCUUAGCCUCCCACAGCCAAGCAAUUCAGACUGGAUUCAAGGUCACACCAGAAAAGAAAUGGAACAGUCUCUUGACUCAGUUAAUAACUCUUUUACUACUAUACUGUCCUCCCCAGAUGGAGAGCUUAUGGAUGCAGCCUCUGAAGAUUUAGAAUUGUAUGUUUCAAGAAACAAUGAUAUGUUGACACCAACUCCUGAUAGUUCACCAAGAUCCACCAGCUCUCCCUUGCAAUCUAAAAAUGGCAGCUUCACUCCUCGGACUGCUCACGUUCUAAAGCCACUUAUGUCCCCGCCAAGUAGGGAAGAAAUUGUGGCAACUUUGUUGGAUCAUGAUCUUUCAGAAACUGUUUACCAGGAACCAUUUUGCAGUAAUCCUUCUGAUGUGCCAGAAAAGCCCAGAGAGAUUGGUGGACGGCUACUCAUGGUAGAGACUCGACUUCCAAAUGAUCUGGCUGAGUUUGAAGGAGACUUUUCCUUGGAAGGACUUCGCUUGUGGAAAACAGCAUUCUCAGCAAUGACUCAGAACCCCAGACCAGGGUCACCCCUUCGUCAUAAUCAAGCAGUUGUUAGUAAAGGAUUGGAUAAUAACCAUAAACUGGUCAAAGAUAAAAAAAUUAUCAUUAUGCCUUGCAAAUAUGCUCCAAGUCGACAACUGGUUCAAACAUGGCUUCAAGCCAAAGAAGAAUAUGAACGUUCUAAGAAACUCCCUAAAACUGAGCCAAGUGGGAUGGUAAAAUUUUCUGAGCACCCCAGCCCUUUAGUUAAUCCAGAUGACAAACCUGUAGUGUCUCUGCCAGCAGAUGGAAGCCCGCAUCUACUGCCCAUUCUAACACAUACCAAGGAAGAUGUUGGUAAUUCUCACAUUGCUUUGCAAGCAUCAACAACAGGAUGCAGUCAAACUGUCAGUGCAAGUCAGAUGUUACUACCAGUUGCUUCUGCAGCUGCUCCCGAAAAAGAUCAAGAUGAUGAUAACUAUUACGUUAGUUACAGCUCCCCCGAUUCUCCAGGUAUUCCUCCUUGGCAACAAGCACCUUCUCCAGAUUCCAAAGCAUUAAGUGGAGAUGACAGCCCUUCAUCACCAGUAGAAGGGCUGUGUUCCCCAGCUGUUGAGAACUUCUUAAAGCCACAAAAAGAUGAUGUAGAAAAAAGCCCCUGCAGUGAGGCCAUAGUUAUUUCUCCAGUUAAUGCUAGGGCAAGACCUGGGAAAUGUGAGCCACCUUGUCUUCAUAGUACACCAAUUACACAGAGAAAACUUCUAGAAAGGCUUCCUGAAACAGCUGCUCUGAGCCCUUUAUUAACAGAGCCAAAAGCCCAGAGGUUGAAUAAUAAGAAAGAAAGUGAUACUGACACUUUUAGAAGAGUAUUCUUAACAACACAAAAGAAGACUCAGUUUGCAGCAGUAAAUACCCCAAAGAAAGAGACUUCUCAGAUUGAUGGACCAUCUUUAAACAAUACUUAUGGUUUCAAAGUCAGCAUACAGAACUUACAAGAAGCAAAAGCUCUACAUGAGACACAAAAUCUUACUCUAAUCAGUGUGGAGUUACAUGCUCGAACUAGAAGAGACUUAGAACCAGAUCCUGAAUUUGACCCAAUCUGUGCUCUUUUCUACUGUAUCUCAUCGGACACUCCACUCCCAGAUACUGAACAAACAGAACUCACGGGUGUAAUAGUGAUUGAUAAAGACAAGACAGUCACUGAUCAAGAUAUCAGAUAUCAGACCCCAUUACUUAUCAGAUCUGGAAUUACAGGAUUAGAAGUUACCUAUGCUGCUGAUGAGAAGGCACUCUUUCAAGAAAUUACAAAUAUAAUAAAAAGGUAUGAUCCUGAUAUUCUGCUAGGAUAUGAGAUUCAGAUGCAUUCCUGGGGCUACCUCUUACAAAGAGCUGCAGCUUUAAGUGUUGACUUAUGUCAAAUGAUCUCCCGAGUUCCAGAUGACAGAACUGAAAACAGAUUCUCAGCUGAAAAAGAUGACUAUGGGUCAGAUACAAUGAGUGAAAUAAAUAUUGUUGGCAGGAUUACACUCAACCUUUGGCGAAUCAUGAGAAAUGAGGUGGCUCUAACUAACUACACCUUUGAAAAUGUGAGUUUUCAUGUUCUUCAUCAGCGGUUUCCCCUGUUCACCUUUCGAGUCUUGUCAGAUUGGUUUGAUAACAAGACAGAUCUAUACAGAUGGAAAAUGGUUGAUCAUUAUGUUAGUCGUGUCCGUGGAAAUCUCCAAAUGUUAGAACAGCUGGAUCUAAUUGGGAAAACCAGUGAAAUGGCUAGACUUUUUGGCAUUCAGUUUUUACAUGUAUUGACAAGAGGUUCACAGUACCGUGUAGAGUCAAUGAUGUUGCGUAUUGCUAAACCAAUGAACUAUAUUCCUGUGACACCUAGUGUUCAGCAGAGAUCCCAAAUGAGAGCCCCACAGUGUGUUCCCCUAAUUAUGGAGCCUGAAUCCCGCUUCUAUAGCAACUCUGUUCUCGUUCUGGAUUUCCAGUCACUAUAUCCUUCUAUUGUGAUAGCGUACAACUAUUGUUUCUCUACCUGUCUGGGCCAUGUGGAAAACUUGGGAAAGUAUGAUGAGUUCAAAUUUGGCUGUACCUCUCUAAGAGUACCUCCUGAUUUACUUUACCAAAUUAGGCAUGAUAUCACAGUGUCCCCCAAUGGAGUAGCUUUUGUCAAGCCUUCAGUAAGAAAGGGUGUCCUACCACGAAUGCUGGAAGAAAUUUUGAAGACUAGAUUCAUGGUGAAACAGUCAAUGAAGGCUUACAAGCAAGACAGAGCCCUGUCACGGAUGCUCAAUGCACGUCAGCUGGGACUCAAGCUGAUAGCAAAUGUCACAUUUGGUUAUACAUCUGCUAAUUUUUCUGGGAGAAUGCCAUGCAUAGAGGUUGGAGAUAGCAUUGUUCACAAAGCCAGAGAGACCUUGGAACGAGCAAUUAAACUAGUUAAUGACACCAAGAAAUGGGGUGCUAGGGUUGUGUAUGGAGAUACUGACAGUAUGUUUGUACUACUGAAAGGAGCCACUAAGGAGCAGUCUUUUAAGAUUGGUCAAGAAAUUGCUGAAGCUGUAACAGCUACAAAUCCUAAACCAGUGAAGUUGAAGUUUGAAAAGGUAUAUUUGCCCUGUGUUUUACAAACAAAAAAGAGGUAUGUCGGUUACAUGUAUGAAACAUUGGAUCAAAAAGACCCAGUAUUUGAUGCAAAAGGAAUAGAAACAGUUAGAAGAGAUUCUUGCCCUGCUGUCUCUAAGAUACUUGAACGUUCUCUAAAGCUGCUAUUUGAAACAAGAGAUAUAAGUCUAAUUAAACAGUAUGUUCAGCGGCAAUGUCUGAAGCUUUUGGAAGGAAAAGCGAGCAUACAAGAUUUUAUCUUUGCCAAGGAGUACAGAGGAAGUUCUUCCUACAGACCUGGAGCCUGUGUGCCAGCUCUUGAACUUACAAGGAAAAUGCUUACUUAUGACCGGCGUUCUGAGCCUCGAGUUGGAGAGCGAGUGCCAUAUGUCAUUAUUUAUGGGACCCCGGGAGUACCCCUUAUCCAGUUGGUAAGGCGCCCAGCAGAAGUCCUGCAGGAUCCAACUCUGAGGCUGAAUGCCACUUACUAUAUUACCAAGCAAAUCCUUCCGCCUCUGGCAAGGAUCUUCUCCCUUAUUGGUAUUGAUGUAUUCAGCUGGUACCAUGAAUUACCAAGGAUCCAGAAAGCGACCAGCUCCUCGCGAAGUGAACCUGAAGGGCGAAAAGGCACGAUCUCACAGUACUUCACCACUCUGCACUGUCCGGUGUGCGAUGACCUGACUCAACACGGCAUCUGCAGUAAAUGUCGGAACCAGCCUCAGCAUGUUGCUGUCAUCCUCAAUCAAGAGAUCCGAGAGUUAGAGCGCAAACAAGAGCAGCUUGUGAAGAUAUGCAAGAACUGUACAAGCUCCUUUGACCGACAUAUCCCCUGUGUUUCUCUGAACUGCCCAGUACUUUUCAAACUGUCGCGAGUAAGUAGAGAGUUAUCCAAGGCACCAUAUCUCCGGCAGUUACUAGACCAGUUUUAAGUUAUCAGUAUCCCCGAACUCCAGGUGCUAUUUGUUCAGUGUUUACCACUAACCUGCUGCACGUGGUGCUUUCUCAGUUUUCAUCGAGUCAAGAAUGUUCCCUGUCUGUUAUCUGAAGACUUUGAAGACCUUUAGGCUAACUGAAUUGAAAAUUACAUUUGCUGAUCUCUGGAUAGCUCACUUCUGACAAUGUAUAAAUUCCUCAUUCACCUUUUUAACAUUGUUUUAUAAUUCAAGUGUUGGAUUUGCUCCCGUAUGUAUGUCAUCUUGUAAAUCCAUUUGAACCAAUCAUGUUUGCUUCCUUGUGGAAGGAACAGUGACAACCUCUUACAGAAAAAUCAUUUGUGUGUUUCCCUUGAACUGUCUGUACCAAGCUUAGAUAUAUGUACUUAGAGAUAUCCAUUCACUUUAUAAUUUUGACUGCAAAAUAUUUUGUAAAUACACUUUUUUACUUUUCAAACAACUGAGUAAAAAUAAUGUGCAAUGAAUUUUAUACAAAUGAUUUUCAAGUUGUUUGGUAUACUUCUAGGUUUUGCUUGAUUCAAAAGUAGAUUUGUUAUUUUGAUCAAACUGUGCAAACAGUAGUUCCAUGUGUAGCAUUUUUGAAACAUUAUUUUCUAAAAAACGCUGUCUUGCUUUAGCUAUUAAUGGGGCAUUGUGAGGAACUGUGCAAAGACAUUUUUGUUACAAACCUGUGGGCCUGUUGCAAUACUUUAAAAAUAAAAAAUUUUAUUCCAUUUUUUUGCUUGUUUUGUAUAGACAUUUCUAUUGCUUCUAAAUAUGCUUAAAAUAUUUUCUUUCCUUAUGUACUGUACAGUUAAUCUUAUUUGCCAUCCCUUGAACACAAAAUGUGUAUUUAGAAUAUUUGUAUAACUGUAAAAAUGAAAGAGCAAUGAUGUGGUUAGUGCAUUGUUUUUUAAACUGGAAAUCAUUUUGUUUUAAGAGUUAAUAUUGGAAACCAUAUUAAAAUUGAACAAAAUAUGAA